GUGCUUGUAUUGCGCCUAUGUAGCGUUUAACGCGCAAUUUGAAAUUAAGCCCACUUCUCAGUGUCAUUUGGUACCUCAUCUGUUGUUAUAUUUGGAAGUACUGUUAAAGUGAGAAGGAAAGAAAUAAAACAUCAUGGCUAACAGGACUAUGCAAGCAGCUCGAUGUCCGACGGAUGAGCUGUCGCUGACCAACUGUGUAGUGACCAAUGAGAAAGACUUCAAGUCAGGACAGCAUGUGAUGAUUAGGACUACACCCACUCAUAAGUAUGUGUUCACUGUAAAGAUGCAUCAAAGUGUGGUUCCUGGAACCAUUGCCUUCAGCUUACCCCAGAGGAAAUGGGCCGGCCUUUCUCUCAAUCAAGAUGUAGAUGUGAUCAUCUAUAACUUUGACACAUCUAAGCAGUAUGUAGGAACCAUGACCCUCGAGAUCGAUUUCCUGCAGAAGAAGAAUGUAGACAGCAACCCUUACGAUUCGGACAAGAUGGCUAUCGAGUUCAUCCAGAAUUUUAGUUCGCAGGCGUUCUGCAUGGGCCAGCAGUUAGUUUUUAGCUUCUGUGACAAGCUGUUUUUGGUAGUAAUCAAAGACAUUGAGGCCAUGGAUCCCAGCAUCCUGAAGGGCGAGCAGAGCUCCGGCAAGAAAAAGAAGAUUGAGAUUGGUUUGUUGCAUGGGAACAGUCAGAUGAUUUUUGAGAAGGCAGAGAGCUCUUCACUCAACCUUUCUGGUAAAGCCAAGACCAGGGGAGCUCGUCAGUCCAUCAUUAACCCCGACUGGAACUUUGAGCGCAUGGGAAUUGGAGGCCUGGAUAAGGAAUUCUCCAGCAUCUUCCGUAGAGCCUUUGCCUCUCGAGUUUUCCCUCCAGAUAUAGUGGAGCAAAUGGGCUGUAAGCAUGUUAAGGGCAUCCUACUAUUCGGCCCACCUGGCUGUGGUAAAACGCUGAUGGCUCGUCAGAUCGGUAAGAUGCUGAAUGCUCGAGAACCCAAGGUGGUCAAUGGUCCUGAGAUUCUCAACAAGUAUGUCGGAGAGUCGGAGGCAAACAUCAGAAAACUGUUUGCUGAUGCAGAGGAAGAGCAGAAGAGGUUGGGAGCCAACAGUGGACUACACAUCAUCAUUUUCGAUGAAAUCGAUGCUAUCUGCAAGCAGAGAGGAAGCAUGGCAGGCAGCACUGGCGUCCAUGACACUGUUGUCAACCAGCUCCUGUCUAAAAUUGAUGGCGUGGAACAACUCAAUAAUAUUCUGGUUAUAGGUAUGACCAACAGACCUGACUUAAUAGAUGAAGCUUUGUUGAGACCUGGAAGACUGGAGGUCAAGAUGGAGAUUGGUCUGCCGGAUGAGUCUGGUCGUUUUCAGAUCCUGAACAUUCACACAGCUAAAAUGAGACAGUCUAACAUGUUGGAGACAGAUGUGGACAUUAAGGAGCUGUCUGUGGAGACCAAGAAUUACAGUGGUGCAGAAUUAGAGGGGCUGGUGCGAGCAGCACAGUCUACCGCCAUGAACCGCCAUAUCAAGGCCAGUACUCAGGUGGAGGUGGACACUGAAAAAGCCCAUUCGCUUCAGGUCAGCCGGAGUGAUUUCUGGGCGUCGCUGAAUAAUGACAUUAAACCAGCAUUUGGCACCAAUCAGGAGGAUUAUUCCACGUACAUUUUGAAUGGCAUAGUGAAGUGGAAUAAUGCUGUCUCAGACAUCCUCGACGACGGAGAGCUGCUGGUGCAGCAGACCAAAAAUAGUGAACGCACACCACUAGUGACGGUGCUGCUGGAAGGUCCACCGCACAGUGGUAAAACAGCACUGGCAGCUAAAAUUGCUGAGGACUCAGAAUUCCCCUUCAUCAAAAUCUGCUCACCAGAUAAGAUGAUUGGUCACUCAGAGAUUGCCAAAUGCCAAGCUAUCAAGAAGAUAUUUGAUGAUGCAUACAAAUCUCAGCUGAGCUGUGUGGUGGUGGAUGAUAUUGAGCGACUUCUGGAUUAUGUACCCAUUGGACCACGCUUUUCAAACUCAGUUCUGCAGACCCUGUUGGUACUACUGAAGAAGGCACCUCCUCGUGGUCGAAAGCUGCUGAUCCUGGGCACUACCAGCUGUAAGGAUGUGUUGCAGGAGAUGGGCAUGCUGGAUGCAUUUAGCACAACCAUCCACAUCCCCAACAUUAACAGAGGAGAGCAUCUGAUGGAGGCACUGGAGCUGCUGGGAGGUUUCCAGGAAGAUGAACGGGCGCAGAUUGCUAGGGAAGUAAAAGGGAAGAGAGUGUGGCUGGGCAUUAAAAAACUUCAGAUGCUCAUCGAGAUGUCCCUCCAGAUGCCUUCUGAAUACAGAGUUCAGAAGUUUCUGUCCCUGCUGGCAGUAGAGGGCAAAAUGGCUUCUGAUUCAAUGACCUUGUAGGCUGCCUUUGCUGGAGCAUGAGCACACACGCAGACUGUCAGGGUAUGUGGUGUGCACGUGGUGCUUUGGUAUCAACCUUCACCUGUCUGUCCUGUUCAACAGUAGUUCUUUCUGCUUAGUGACACUAGCAACCACUGCUCAGUGGCUGUACCGUCUAUGUACCACUGUUUCAUGAUGGAAUUUACACUUUCUGUGUGUACAGUGCAUGUAUAUAAAGACCUGCUGUGUACUGUAUAGACUCGAUAUUAAACAUUCCUGUGUGAAAGUGAUAAUGCCUUAGUCUUAAUGCCAUUCACUCCAGUUACAUUGUGUGUGACCACCUUACAAGUUUUUGUUUGAACUGUAUGUUGAUUUUUACUGUUAAUAAUUUCUAUAAUUAAUUCAUGUUUGGCAGUUUCCAUCUUAUUUUAAAACUUCAUUUAUAUUUAUUGAAUGAUGUGUUUCAUGAUUCAUUUCUUGCACUGUGUAUAAUUUUUUGCACCAGAAGAAAAUUUUAUCUUACUUUUAGAGGCCUUUUAAAGACUAAAUGUGAUGUUAAUAUAGUUAAAGUAAAGAACAUGUAUGCUAUGGCAGUAGUGGAAUUUCAGUUUCUCUUUCAGAAUCAGACUCAGAAUACUUUAUUGAUCCCAAAGGGAAAUUGCAGUAACUGUAACUGAAUGAUUGGAACACUUCUUGUACUUACUGGGUCAAAAAACAUUGCAUAUAGCAAUGAGCAGUGGUAGCUCAGUGAUUAAGAUAUUGGACUAUUAAUCAGAAAGUUGCUGGUUCAAGCCCCACCACCACCAAGUUGCCAAAGGCAAAGCUCUUAACACUCAAUUGCUUGCAUUGUACAUGCUUACAAUUCUAAAUUGCCAAAUGCCAAUAUAAAUUUAUACCUAUUAUUUAUAUUUUGCUCUAAUAAGACAUUUUUGCUAGCUGUAGUUACAGCUAUGGUUGAUCACAAGCUCACUUGGCUGUGGAUGAUGACACCAGUAAUUUAUUUGCUUCAAAUUGUAAUUUAUUAACACAGUUACAAUUAAUAUUCCUGGAUUCCAUCCGGCGAAUUGGGCAAACAAUUUCUCUUAGCCUAAGCUGACAGAUUGGCUUUUCUUCUUAACCUGGGCAAAGAGACCACUGUUCCAUAUACUGUUUUUACAGAUGGUCUUGGAACCUGAAUUCACUUAGAUGGUUGUAAGACUCCCAUUGUAAUGCUUGCAAAGUCUGUCUAAUGGGUUCAGUCAAACUAGUCCCAUUUAUUUUGUCCCUUUCCAGGCAUUAUUAAACCAUGAAGUUACCACAAAGUCAAAUAACAUUAUAGAUGUUUCUAUACUAACAAAUUAAUGAUUUAAUUCGCUAUGUGUAUAUUUUUUAAUAGAGAAAAAUAGAUUUAAAUCUGAAGCCCUCUAUUACAUUUACGCUUUUCUACAUGUUUGUAAACAUUUGACGUAAGCAAAUUGCAGUAAUGAUAAUUAAUCACAGACCUAAUCAACACGCAAACCCCUAUUUAUUUAGGGUUUCUUGUAAUUGGUCCCUGUAUGGGGUUCAAAUCCCCAGUGGUGCUAUUGGCCAGUCAGGCAUCUAGAUACAGACAUGAUUGUUUUUUGGGGGGUGGUAAGGUAGUGGCAUUGGGAUGGCCAAGGCUCCUUGAUGAAUUGGCAUCCUAACUGGGGUGUGUUACUGCAUUGUGCACAGUGAUUCUGGGGAUACUGGACCAACCACAUCCAUAUAUAUAUAUAUAUAUUAGUAACAGACUUAUCAUUUGAUGUAGUUCUUUCAGAGGUACUUAAUGGUUUACUGUUCAUCACUCAAUGCUCCAAUGCAAUAUUGUCAAUAUGUUUGAUAACAUAGCUGCCUUAACUUAUACUGAAAAACACAGACCCACAUUACUGUUAUUUACAUUUACCUCCUGUACAGAUUUUUCAUCUUUCUAUGCCUUACCAAAAAAUGUAACUCCUCUGUGCCAGCACCACCCCUUUUGUCUUACUGAGGAGAGCUGCAGACUGUGGUUUUCCCCUACACGCCUGCAGUUACCAGCUGUCAGAGCUGGAGUAUCACAAAGAGCUGUAUUAAGUAUGCAGAGCCACACUAUACUCUCCUUCAACCAUCCACCACUCAACCAGCCAGCAGAGGUCACAUGUGCAGCAGCAGUGAAGAAACCUAUCGACUCUCUCUCAAACAGUGCCAGUCGUGCCUGUUACAUGCCCGGCCAGGUGGAUAGCACAGCUGAGGUUCUUUGGUUACUUUUUUUUCUUUUCAAAAACAGUUUGAUUUAAAAUGAUGGAUUGAUGCACAAGUGAAAGUAAUUUUUACAUUGUAAUUAAAUUACUUAAUUAUUGUGAUUUUAUGAAUAAUUUGUGUAAAACAUUUCCUGGAAAAUACAUUAAUAAAUGAUUCAAAUAAA